CAUACAGGUAAAGCUUGAGGCUGUAAUUUGUGAUGCUGUUGCACGGAGCUUCCUAAAGCGCAUCAAAAGUCACAAUGGUUACUAUGGAUGUGAACGUUGUAUGCAAAAGGGUGUGCACCAAGAGGGCAGAAUGCUCUUCACGGAAGUGGAUGCUCCUCUUCACACAGACAAGAGCUUCCGAGAACAAAGUUGUGGAGGUCACCACAUGGGAGAGUCUCCGUUUCUGCAGCUGGAGAUUGACAUGAUUUGUGCAUUUCCCCUGGACUACAUGCAUCUCCUGUGCUUAGGGGUAAUGCGAAGGUUGCUGCAUCUUUGGACUGGUGGAAAAUAUGGUCGUGGGAAGCUAACGGCAGAACAACAACACACAUUGAGUGAGAGGCUAAUCUCCUUUCGCAGAGACUUCCCUACCACGUUUCAAAGAAAGCCACGAGGAGUCAAUGAGCUUGAAAGGUGGAAAGCCACUGAAUUUCGCUCCUUUCUGUUGUAUGCUGGUCCAGUGGCACUCAAGCAACUACUGCCUGACAAGCUGUAUGAUCAUUUUCUGAUCCUUCAUGUGGCUGCAAGAAUUCUAGCCACUCCAACACUGUACAGAACACAGCAUCAUUACGUUGAAAACCUCCUGAAGUUCUUUGUGCAAGAGAUGGGUGAACUGUAUGGAAGAACACAGCUCAUAUACAAUGUCCACUCCCUUGUACACCUUGCAGGGGACUGUCUGCAGCACGGGCCACUUGAUUCAUUCAGUGCAUUUCCGUUUGAAUCAUACCUGGGAAGGCUGAAGCGAAUGCUGCGAACCACAAGCAAUCCCCUGUCACAAAUCAGCCGCAGAGUAUCGGAAUUGAAGCACUGUGGAGCACCUGUAAAUGACAAUGCCACGACUCUCUGUGUCAAGCCAGGGUUUUGCUACCACUUUCCCAAUGGUUAUUUUGCACGUAUACAAGAAGUACGUGCAUCACAAGCUCGAGUGACUGUCUUUUCGAACAAGGCAGACUUCUUUGUAACACCACUUAAGUCCUCUUUCUUCAACACCUUUCGAGUCAGUUGCCGUGGUUCCGCUGAACGAACGAUGCCACUGUCAGCCCUCAGUAAGGAAAAGCAGUGCGUGCUACUCAACUACAAAAAUGACUAUGUCGCCUUCCCGCUUCUCCACCAAAUGCAGUUAUCAUAG